AACGAAAACGCUAGCCAGCGACCGUGGCAUCAGUAGCAAACAAGGUUUUGCAGCUCGACGGUACCAGUUUUUCUGCACUUUCAAUACCUCCGCGUGGCGUCUAACGCGGACCACUGGUUUGGCUAAACUUGGAAGCGUUGGUCAUCUUCGUAGCUCUCAGGCAGGAAAUUCCAUUGAUGAACGUUGAAUGUCAAAUUAAAGUUAGCUUUCCAUAGUCGCUGACAUAAAUGCAGAGUUCCCUUAUUGUGCAUGGAACAGAAACGUAGAAUGCUGUGUGGAAUCCAUCCAUAAGUCGGCAGUAUAUAGCCACGAAAGAAACGAGCGGAGGGAGCGCCGCGGCGGUCGCGGGCGCGGUCCCCCAGCAGCAGCAGCGGCGGCGGCAGCGCCAGCGGGCAGGUUCUCAUGGCACGGCGCGCCGCCCAUGGCCGGCACUGAGGGCGCAGGCGGGCUCCUGCACCACUACCCCUACCACGAUUACCAGCAGCACGAGGCGGCCAUGGCGGAGAUGCCGCACAACCCGGCGGCGCACGAGCUCAAGCGCUGCAGCGCCAAGCUGGACCUGGCGCGCGAGCGCAGCUUCGUGCGGCACCAGCAAAGAGAGUUUGGAAACAGAAGAAGGAACGCAAUGCCGAUUAGAGGGAAGCCAACAAUGGAAAUAUAUAGACCGCCGAACGUCCGAACUGAUGUGAUGCAGAACGGUACCAUGCCACUCAAUCCACGACUCAAUGUCCAUGCAAAAGAAUUUACCAUGAAGCAUGGAGAACUGACCACUUCCAAGUCAAGUAUUAAUUUACCAUCCACUCUCAACAGCACCCACAGUCACAAUCAUGCACACCGUGAAAAUCAUCGCCAUUCACAUUAUUUGCAGACUUCCAAAUCAAGUGGAAAUAUUUUGCACUCCCUGCAAAGUUCGAAGUCCAGUGGAAAUGUACUGCAUUCUCUACAACAGUCUGGUUCAAGUGCCAACAUACCACAGGGUCACAGGGUUCACUUCCAGUUGGACUCAAAAGCAGAAUCUGAAGAGACAAGCUGUGAAGACAUGGCUGUUGCACAGAAGACAGCUCAGGCACCAUCUGACUUUGCAGUGAAAUCUCCACAGAAGUCAUUUAGUGUAUCAGAAAUGAAAUUAAUAUUUCCUGAAAGACUGGUGCCCAUUGAGCCUAGUGAGAGUGUGACCUCUGGUUUGAGAGACUUAAGAAUUUCUGCAUUUAGCCUUAAAAGAUCAAAAAGUAUGAGUGCAGCAGAUAUGGCUCUUAACAGAAGUGGACCAGGAUUUGGUGUGGCUAAAGAAGCACCAGAUUUAGGAAAUUUUCCACUAGAGGUUUUGAGCAAUAUAUCACGUGCAGUUGAAGAUCCAAAUAAAGUAUCAACACGUACCUUAAUGGAACUGGUACGCAUAAUAAUGGAAAGAGUUUUGUAUGGAGUUGCAUAUGCUCUACCAGCAGCUAAACUUUGUAUUACAAUUAUUGAGAAAGAGAAGAAAGAGACUUUUCUGGAAUCACUGUUAAAUACCUGCCAGCAGUGGUACCAAGAAAGAGAGAGAGUGUUGAAGAGCAACGGAGCCUCUAACAACCGAUAUUGUGCUUUCAUCCACUUUGUUAAUGAGAUGUAUUGUGAGCUGAAACGCCGCCAACUUCAGCUGCGGACACAGUAUGAAGGUAUACCUCCUGGUUUGGUGCUAUUAAACCUGUUGUACAAAGGUUGUCAGGACUGUGUAAAACCUCCUACCACUGAAGGAGAUACGGAUUGCUUGCUUUUUGUGCUGACUACUGCUGGACGAGACCUGGACCAAGAACUCCCACAACAAUUGCAGCAGCUCCUUGCUAAAAUAAGAGACACUUUCCUCACAGCAGCUGCUACUCCUCUAAUUAAAAAGCAUCUCCUGCAGUUGAUUGAGCUUCACGCAUCACGGUGGCAGUUACCUGCAUCAGCUGUCAUGUAUUACACCACACCACAGUACAGUCGUUCAGCAGCUACCUAAUUUUUAAUAACCCACUACUCUGCUGUAUUUUCAAAAGUUUCCAUGAUUCUGCAAAGUUGAACUGUAUCUUGAUAAUAUUUAUUGUAGAAUAAUUAAUGUGAUCUAGGUCGGAUGUGAAAUUGAUGCUUGCAAAAUUUGAAAGAAAAUAUUUCAAGUUAUUUAAUGUUAAAGCUUUAAGGAUGCAAUUAUUGAUGGCUUCUAUAACAUUGUGGGGCUCCACGUCACCUACAGUAAGGUAUAUACUGUAUAAAAUGACAAUACUAAAUAUCUUUUAAUGUUAUAUUUUGAUUAAUGUAAUCAUAUUAGAAUGACUGCAGGAUUCAACUGUUAUUGAAAAAUCAAAAGUGGUGAUGUUAAAUGAAUAAGGGAUUACUUGAUUUGUCAAAGAGGUUGUUAGGCAGUAUGUGGUGAAAUAUGAUGACAGUAGUAACCUUUUAGCUAUAAUAAGCUGCACUCAUUUUGCCAUAGCUUGCAGUCAAGAAUCUUGGCCUCUCACACAACACUUCAGGGAACCGAUGAAAGAUUAUAUUCUUUUUGUGAAUUGUGUUACACAAGUAACUUAGUUUGAGAAAUUGUGUUGUAUCAAAUAUGUCAGCACUUCAAGACAUCAUUGAAUGAAAUAACAACAUUGCUUGUUUUGGUACAACACUGCCAAUUCUUGUGUUGGAUUCCACUACUAUGUCAUAGGAUACAUCGAAAUGUCCAGAUAUAUAUGUGAUGCGUAAUUCAAAUAGAUAAACAAUAGAGCAGAAUGGCAAGUAAUAUAUCUACCUGAAUUUGAAACUCAUUUAGUGGAUGUCCUUUGCUAGUUCUUAAUGUGUAUACAUAUCUGUUAAAACAAGAAGAUUGAGUGUUAAGGUGUAUUAAUUAAAUGUAGUAUGUGUGUUACUCAUGACAUGUUUUUCAUGUUACAAAGGAGUUUUUCUUCUGGUAAAUCAUAUAUUUCAUAUUGGUAACCAAACAUUGUGAACUUGUAUACUCAUUCUGGAGUCCCUGUUCCUAUUUACACUGUUUUACAGCCUACACACUGGUAUAUAUGUCGCUCCAUUCAAUUAGAUGGACAGAUCGUAACUCAUUAUAUCAUAUGGCCAGAAAAGCAUAUGAUAACAGCAGCAGUUGUUGCAAAAUAUUAAACAGUUUGCUAAUUUUGGAUGAAAGUUGUAGAUUUCAUUGUCUAGUAAUUUAAAUGGUGCUUUUAUACAACUUAUAACCAAAGAGGCUCUUACGAAGUGGUGCUGUUUAUUACUAUUUUGGAUUGAAUCUGUAAAUAAAACAUUCAUAGUCAUUGCCCUGUCUGAAACAGGUGUUUCAGAUCACUUCACAAUAUCUAAGCAGUAUAACUUUAGAAUUUUCCAUUUCUUGUUUGUGUUUGUGCAUUUUGAGUUAACUUGUCUGUUGGUAGAUGAACACACAAAGUACUUGUGUUAAGUUUAGUUUCAUGUUGAUGUGCUCUUUUGUUAAUUUCACAUUUUGUUGUUAUGUCAUCAUUACUAUAUUUAUUUUCUAAAGUUUGGAUUAUUGAUACAGAAGAAUAUGGCUCAUCACUUAGGUGUUGUACUUAAGUUUCAUGCAGCCAUUCUGUAUAAAUUCCAAAGCAAGUUAAUAAAAUGCAGAGUUGAGACAGCAAAAUUUUAUUAUAUAAAAAAUAUUUAAAAAAGAAAUACUUUGUAUAUACAUGUUUUGUUAUAAGAUAUACUUCAUGUUUUGUACACUAGAAGAUGUUACUUUCUUUACUCAUUCCUCAUAUAUCAUCUUUUUUCUUGAUGUGCCUUAGGAAGAAAUCAGGGUUUCUUAACUAAAUGCUGAAAUACAUAAAUACGUAACAUUUUCUACUUUGUGAAAUAUCUAGUCUUAUUGUUAUACUACAUUUUUAUUUCUAAUAAAUAAGACAAUUGAGAUUUGAUAA